AUGUCGAGUGAAAUCGUAUCAUUGGAAACGCCUAGUAUAAUCAAUCUAACAACAACAAAUGAAAAUACUCCUCAACGAAUUCGUUCUGAUACAAACAAUACUUCUAUGUUAAAUCCAUGGGCUCCACAAAGAAAUUGUAGUUUUACAACUCUUGGUUCAUUAAAUAUUGAAGCUUUAAUUAACGGAAAAGAUCCUUUACAAAAAUCAGUAAUAUCUAUUAAAAGUAUUUUACUAUUCGCUUUAUUUAUAUGUAUAUCAAUGAUUAUUGCAAUUAUUAUUGUAUGUUUAACUUAUCCAAAACAAAGUUACAAAUGUAUUCCCACUUAUAAACUAACAGUUGCUAGUACAAUUGGAUAUAACUCACGACCUCAUUCAAUUGCUUUAGAAGAUUUUAAUCACGAUAAUAAAUUAGAUGUUGUUGUAGCUAAUUCUGGUAAAGAUAAUAUUGGAAUAUUUAUUCAAAACACAAAUGGAACUUUUCAAAAUCAAAUAACAUAUUCAACUAAUUCAGGAUCUUCUCCUUACUCAGUUAUUAUUAAAGAUUUUAAUCAAGAUAAUUUCUUUGAUAUCGUUGUUGCUAAUUAUGGAAAUAAUAAUAUUGGAAUAUUUCUUGGAGGAAAAAAUUUAACAUUUGAAAAUAUGACAACAUUUUCAACUGGAAGAUCACGUCCAUUUUAUCUUAAUUGUGGAGAUUUUAAUAAUGAUACGAAAUUAGAUAUUAUUUCUAUUAAUUAUGGAACAAAUAGUAUUAGUAUCUAUUUUGGAUAUGGUAAUGGAAAUUUUUCAAAAGAAACAAAUUAUUUUUUAGGAUAUGAUUCAAUUCCAUCUUCAGUAUUUAUUGCUGAUUUUAAUGAUGAUAAAUUCUUAGAUUUAGCUAUUGCAAAUUAUGGUACAAAUAAUAUAGCUAUUCUUUAUGGAAAUGCUUCUGGACUAUUUUCUAUACCAAGAAUUUAUUCGACUAAUUAUGGAUCCCAACCAUCUUCAAUUACUGGUGCUGAUUUAAAUGAUGAUAAUAUACUUGAUUUAAUUGUUGCUAAUUCAGGUACAUAUAAUAUAGGUAUAUUUUAUGGUUAUAAAAAUGGAAGUUUUCAACAACAACAAAUGUAUAUUCUUGAUACGACAUCACGUCCACAAUUUGUUACUACUGGUGAUAUGAAUAACGAUAAUCAAUCAGAUAUUAUUAUUUUAGAUUCAACAAAUGGAUAUGUACAAGUACUUCCUGGAUUUGGUAAUGGAUCUUUUAAUAAUUUAACAACAUAUUAUAGUGAAGAUGAUCAACUUCCAUUUGCAGCAGCUAUUGGUGAUUUUAAUAAUGAUAAUCAAUUAGAUAUUGCUGUUGUUAGUUAUGAAGCAAAUUCAUUAUGGAUUUUUAUUGGUUAUUCAGGUUCAUAUUCUGCAACUCAAACGCGAUAUUCUGUUGGACUUAAUUCACAUCCAUCAUUUAUUGCUUCUGUUGAUUUUAAUUCUGAUCAAUAUUUAGAUAUUGUUGUUACUAAACCUAAUAUUGAUAGCAUAGGAAUAAUGGUUGGAUAUGGAAAUGGUAGUUUUUAUCCCGAAAUAUCUUAUUCAUUUGAAAGUGGAAGUUCACCAACUUGUUUAUCUAUUGGAGAUUUUAAUAAUGAUAAUCGAUCGGAUAUAGUUGUAUCGAAUUAUGGUACUUAUAAUAUUGCUAUAAUUUUUGGACUUGGAAAUGGAUCAUUUACAAAUAUGACAACAUAUUCAACUGGUAAUCAAUCUUAUCCAAUUUAUGUUGUUAAUGGAGAUUUUAAUAAUGAUUCAAUAUUAGAUAUUGCUGUUGCUAACUUUCGUAUUGAUAAUGUCGCUAUUUUUCUGGGAUAUGGUAAUGGAAAUUUUACUAAUGCAGUAACAUAUUCAACUGGUCAAAAUUCUGAUCCGAGUGCAAUUGUUAUUGCUGAUUUUAAUUAUGAUAAUCAACUUGAUCUUGCUAUUGCUAAUUCUGGAACGAGUAAUGUUGGUAUUCUUUAUGGAACUGGCAAUGGAAGUUUUCAAUCUGUUAUUACUUAUUCAACAGGUUUUCAAUCUCAUCCAGAUUCAAUAGUUACAGGUAAUAUUAAUCUUGAUCCAUGGUUGGAUAUUGUCAUAGCUGAUUCUAGUUCCGAUAAUAUUGCUAUUUUAUAUGGAUCUGAAAAUGGAACAUUUGGAACAGCAGUAUCAUAUACAGAUCCGACAUUUUCAAAUCCAUCUGGAUUAGCUUUAAAUGAUGUUAAUUAUGACAAUAUUCUUGAUAUUAUUGUAACCAACUUUGGCACCGAUAAUGUUGGAAUUCUUACUGGUGAUGUUUAUGGUAAUUUUACUUUAGGUAGAUUCUAUCAACUUGUUAGUGGAGCUGGUCCUAAAGGUAUUACUACAGGUACUUUUGAUGGGAAUACUCGAUGGAAUAUGUUUGUUGCUGAAUCUGGUAUUGGAACAGUUAAUCUAUUAAUUAGACGUAGUGCUGCUUAUUUUGAAAAUGUAUUAUCAUAUACAACUGGUAGUAGUCCACAUCCAUAUGCAGUUAUUGUUAAUGAUUUCAAUAAUGAUAAUAAAUCAGAUGUUGUUGCUGUUGAUUCAGCUAUUGAUGCUCUUGGAAUCUAUCUUGGCUACGGGAAUGGAUCGUUUUGGCCACGAACAUUGUUUUCUGUUGAAUUAAAUGCACAUCCAGUAGAUGCUGUUGUUGGUGAUUUUAAUCAAGAUAAUCAACUUGAUAUUGCAACUGCUAAUUCAUACAAUGAUAGUAUAAGUAUCAUUUAUGGUUUUGGUAAUGGAAGUUUUACUAAUCUAACACAAUAUCAAUUAAAUAGUGGUUCACAACCAAAUUCCAUAACUACAUGUGAUUUAAAUAAUGAUGAUGUAUUAGAUUUUAUUAUUGCUGAUACAGGUAGCGAUACAAUUGGUAUACUUCUUGGUCAUGAUUAUAAUGUAUUUAAUGAUCAAAUAACUUAUUCAAAUCAAUUUAGUUUAAGACCAUCAUCAAUCAUAUCUCGUGAUUUUAAUAAUGAUAGUUAUAUGGAUAUUGCUGCUGCAUUUGCUGCUAAUGGUAGUGUUGGAAUACUUUAUGGGUAUGGAAAUGGAACAUUUCAUGAAUUAAUAAUGUAUUCAGUUGGUUAUAAUUCAUAUCCAUAUGAAAUUGUUAGUGCAGAUGUUAAUAAUGAUAAUAUUCUUGAUAUUAUUGUAGCAAAUCCUGGUUCAAAUACUAUUGGUGUUUUAGUAGGAUUAAAUAAUGAGAAAUUUGCUCCUGUAAUGUUAUUUUCUACUGGAAAUAAUUCAAGUCCUUAUGGUGGUGCUGCAGGUGAUUUUAAUAAUGAUACAUAUAUAGAUUUUGUUGUUGCAAAUUAUCUUGGUAAUAGUAUUGGUGUUUUAUUGGGCUUUGGAAAUGGAUCCUUUGCUGCAGUUAUGAUAUAUUCAACUGGAGAUGGAUCACGUCCACAAUCAAUUGCUAUUAGUGAUUUCAAUGAAGAUAAUAUAUUAGAUAUUGUCGUAGUAAAUUAUCGUUUAAAUACUAUGGGAAUUUUUAUAGGGAUUGGUGAUGGAAAUUUUCAAAAUCAAAUUACAUAUUCAACUGGAUAUAAUUCAAUGCCUACAUUUAUUAUUGUUAAUGAUUUUAAUAAUGAUAAUAAAUCUGAUGUUGUUAUUUGUAAUACAAAUACGGAUGAUAUAGGCAUUUUCUAUGGAUAUGGAAAUGGAACAUUUACAUCAGUUAUAUCAUAUUCAGUUGGAGAUGGUACUAGUCCUCAUAGUAUUCGAUCUGGUAAUUUCAAUAAUGAUAAUGCAAUGGAUAUUGUUAUUGCAAGUCCUGGAACAAAUCGUGUAUUGAUACUUUAUGGAUCAGGUGAUGGACAGUUUUUAGUAGGACCCACUUUUUCAACUGGAUUAAAAGCUGGAACAAUAUCAUUGGGUGUAGGUGAUUUCGAUGGAAAUGGUCUAUUAGAUGUUACAACUGCUAAUUAUUUAGGAAAUAAUAUUGGUGUACAUAUAAGUUCUGGUUAUCAACAUUUUGGACGUGAAAUGACAUAUUCGACAGGUGAUGGAUCAGCUCCAUAUGCAGUGGCCGUUAGUGACUUCAAUCAUGAUAAUAAUCUUGAUGUUGUUGUCGCUAAUUAUGGAACAAAUAAUAUGGGUAUUUUCUUUGGUUUUGGAAAUGGAACAUUGAGUACAAUAGUUUUAUAUCCAUUGGAAAAUAAUGCUCAUCCAACAGCAGUUGCUGUUGCUGAUUUUAAUCACGAUAAUUAUUCGGAUAUUGCUGUUGUCAAUUAUGGUUCAAAUAAUAUAUAUAUUUUUCUUGGAUCUAUUAAUGGAAUAUUUUCUCUUAUAACAAUAUAUUCAACGGGUAUAGGUUCGAAUCCAUAUGGAAUUACAAUUGGUGAUUUUGAUAACGAUAAUAUAUUAGAUAUUAUUAUUGCAGCUGCUGGUACAAAUGAAGUUAUUUUAGCACAAGGAUACGGAAAUGGAACAUUUGGAAAUGAAACAUCAUAUACAACGGGUUAUAAUUUUAAUCCUUAUUCAGUUGCUGUUGGACAUUUCACUGGAGAUAAUUGAAAAAUGCGACCAGCAUAUGCAGGUCCAGGAUCAGGAUCAUCACGUUGGAAACCAACACAAGAUCCAGGUAAAACAUCACCUAGUUCAAAUACCGGUGUUAAUCGAUCAAAUGGAAAUGAUGUUAAUUCAGCAACUUCAAAAGUUGGAAAUACACAACAAAAUCAACAACAUGCAGAAGAUGAACAAAAAAAAGAAUAA